AUGGGAAGAGCGUUCGUGUACGUGAUUCUCGGCGGUGGUGUAUCUGCUGGUUACGCUGCUCUUGAUUUCGUUAGACGAGGUGUUUCUCAUGGUGAACUCUGUAUCAUUUCUGAUGAAUCAGUUGCUCCUUAUGAAAGACCUGCAUUAAGCAAAGGAUAUUUGCUUCCAGAAGGUGCUGCCCGGCUUCCAUCCUUUCAUACAUGUGUUGGAGCAAACGAGGAAAGACUUACUCCAAAAUGGUAUAAAGAACAUGGAGUUGAACUAGUUCUUGGAACUGGAGUUAAGUCUGCUGAUGUGAAACGUAAAACACUGUUAACAACAACUGGGGAGACCAUAAGUUACAAAUUUCUUAUUAUUGCUACUGGUGCCCGGGCUUUGAAACUGGAGGAAUUUGGGGUUAAUGGAUCUGAUGCAGAAAAUGUAUGUUAUUUAAGAGAUAUAUCAGAUGCAAAUAGACUUGUGGAUGCGAUUCAAUCUUCUCCUGGUGGGAAUGCCGUUGUCAUUGGUGGUGGAUACAUUGGCAUGGAGUGUGCAGCAUCUUUAGUGAUUAAUAAAAUCAAUGUAACAAUGGUCUUCCCAGAAGCACAUUGCAUGGCCCGUUUAUUAACCCCCAAGAUUGCAAACUACUAUGAAGAAUAUUAUAAAUUAAGAGGAGUAAAAUUCAUUAAAGGAACUGUGCUAUCAUCAUUUGAUUUUGAUUCCAAUGGAAAGGUUACAGAUGUUACUCUUAGAGAUGGAACAAAGCUAUCUGUAGACAUGGUUGUUGUGGGAAUCGGAAUACGACCAAAUACAGGUCUGUUUGAAGGCCAACUUACUUUGGAGAAAGGUGGAAUCAAGGUAAAUGGAAUGUUCCAGUCAAGCAACAGUUCAGUCUAUGCUAUUGGCGAUGUUGCAGCAUUUCCAGUCAAAGCAUUUGGGGAAAAGCGAAGACUCGAGCAUGUUGAUUCAGCAAGAAAAUCUGCAAAACACGCCGUUUCUUCCAUAAUGGAACCGGACAAAACAGGGGAAUUUGACUACAUUCCUUUUUUCUACUCCAGAGUCUUCACGUUGUCAUGGCAAUUUUACGGGGAUAAUGCUGGGGAAGUUGUCUAUUAUGGAGAUCUCUCAGCCUCAGGUGACACAUUUGGAGCAUAUUGGGUAAACAAGGGUCAUGUUGUUGGGGCUUUCCUCGAAGGAGGAACUAAAGAAGAGUACGAAGCCAUAGCCAAGACUACAAAAUUAAGGCCAGCAAUUGAAGACUUGGCUGAGUUGGAGCGGCAAGGUUUGGGGUUUGCAGUAGCAGUUAGCCAGAAACCAGUGGCUUCACCACCACCAAUUGAGGUUAGCGCUAGCGCUUCUGGCCUACUUUUGCAAAAACCACUCUAUGCUUGGCAUGCUACAGCUGGGGUCGUUCUUGCUGCAUCAAUAGCUGCAUUUGCGUAUUUUUAUGGAAAAAGGCGUCGCAGAUGGUGA